CGAGGAGCUGCAGCCAGAGCGACACGCGCCCACCAGAGCGCUCUCCUUACGUUAACGUUAAUUCGACCGAAGGUAAACAACGGCAACCACGACGAAGCGAGAGAGGUCAUAAAUGCUUGUACGGUCGCUAGACCGAGUUUUUCGCGGGUGUGGGGCGUCGUAUUUCACGGUAGCGGAGAGAAAAUCCUGCGCAUUCCUCCACGCAGAGACUCGGAGGGAGACCAGCCGACCGACUGAACGGGGAAGGAGCGCUGGAAGCGGCCUCUUCACAAGGUGGACUGGUGCAUUGAACCGCAGAAGCUGGUGACACACGUCCACUGUGAUCAUUUGACUCUAUCAGGGAUUCUCUUUUUGUUUUUUGAUACCUAACUGACCCGAGGCUCACCAUGAGAUCGUUGCUUUGAUGAAUAAUUUACGGUGCCGCUGUCCGAGGCUCGCGCAGCGACUACCAACCGACCGUUGGCUGCGCCCGGAGCCGUCUAAACGGGCCCCCAUGGUGGACUAAAGAGGACGCCAUAACAACCAGACGGGCCUGAUUGGAAAGCAGAUAUAAACCAACAGAAACUGUUCCAUGAAUGCUCGAGUGGCUGCAGAGCCCAGAAGUCAUGUUGCCGAAGCGGUGGGGGAGGAGAGACGGAGCCUCCAGUAUUUCGACGCCGAUUCCGUGUCACUCCAGUUUCAGGUUUAUCUUAUGAACCUCCAAAAAGUACCUCUGGACAUUUUUUUCCCUCCACAGAUGCGCCAACAUUGUCUUUAUUGUCUGGUUGGUCUCUGUGAAAGGAUGACGCGGAUGUUUCCCUCACAAAACGCCUUAUACAACUGAACCAGGCUGAAAUGAUCUGAAAAGCAUAAAGAUUUUUCUUUUCUUACCUCAGAAACAAUCUUUGAAAAACCGUUUAGUAGAACUGCCUACCUCCUUUUAUUCCGUCAGGUCAGAGUUAUAUAAUACAGAGAAGAAUCUGUAAGUCUAUGAGCACCGUUUUUACUGUUGAACUGACUUUAAUACCUCAUGAAUCUACCUCAGUGCAACUUUGUUUUCUACCAAACAUAACGGGCCAAUGUGUCCACGAAUAAAUACCUCAAACUUUUUGCUGCGCGUGUUGUGAACUCAGUCUGCAGAUGGCUUCAUUUCCAGACUCGGACCUGCAGACGUGCCCGCUCUGCAAGGAGCUGUGUGGCUCUUCUGCUCCUAUUUCAUCUAGCUCUUCUACCUCCUCAUCUUCCUCGCAUACCUCUUGCUCCUCCAGCCAGACCUCCAGGAGGCUCCACGUCCUGCCCUGCCUCCACGCCUUCUGCAGGCAGUGCUUGGAAGGUCAGCGGAGUCCCGGGGAUCCGCUGAAGCUUAGGUGCCCCACCUGCGACCAGAAGGUGUCCAUCUCUGAGUCGGGGGUCGACUCCCUGCCUUCCACCAACUUCCUCUUCAGCAACCUUCUGGAUGUGGUGGUGAGCUCCGAGGAGCAGAUCCAAAACAAGAACGGUCACCACCACCGGGGAGGUUUAGGUGGAGGCUCAUCCAGCUUCCAUCUCCCUCAUGGAGGCCUGCUGCACCCGCACAACCUUGGGGAGCCUCAGUGCAGCUCUUGUGAUGAGGAGAACCCUGCCACGUCUCACUGCAUUGACUGCCAGGAGUAUUUAUGUGACAACUGUGUGCGGGCACACCAAAGGGUGCGUUUGACCAAGGACCACUUCAUCGAGCGCCUCGGAGACAACCUCCACCUUGGCCGGAUCAAUGCCAACAGCAACCCCAGUCAGCCGGGGGUGUCUGUGUCGCUCGCCCAGUCCCUGCAGAACAACUUCGCCCUGCUGUCCCUGUUCCAGGACCGCAUGAGCUUCUGCCAACACCAUGACAAUGAGGUAUUUCUCUUCUUCUGUGAAACCUGCUCUGUGCCUAUCUGCAGGGAGUGCAGCGUGGGCCGUCAUAUGGGUCACACCUUUGUUUACCUACAAGACGCCGUACAGGACUGCAGGGCCAUCACCAUCCAGCUGUUGUCGGAUGCACAGCAGGGGCGGCAGGCAGUGCAGCUGAGCAUGGAGAAAGUCCAGGCCAUGGCAGAACAAGUGGAGAUCAAAGCCAAGGUGGUUCAGAGCGAAGUGAAGGCCCUCGUCCUCAGACACAAGAAAGCGCUGGAGGAGAGGGAGUGUGAACUACUGUGGAAGGUGGAAAAGAUCCGUCAGGUGAAGGCCAAGUCUCUGUACCUGCAGGUGGAGAAACUGCACCAGAGUCUGACAAAGUUGGACAGCACUAUCGCUGCCGUUAGCCAGGUGCUGGAUGAGGGCCGCCACCUCGACGUGCUCCUCGCCAGGGAGCGAAUGCUCACCCAGAUCCACGAGCUGAAGGCUUUGAGGGGUCUGCUGCAGCCACAAGAAGAUGACCGCUUCAUGUUUACUCCUCCAGACCAGGCUCUGUACAUUGCCAUCCAGUCCAUGGGCCUGAUCAGCAGUGGGGCGUUCGCCCCAGUCACCAAAGCCCAUGGCGAGGGUCUUAAGAGUGCGCUCCGGGGCAAGCCUGCCUCCUUCACUGUAAUUGGCUAUGACCAUGACGGUGAGCCGCGCCUCUCUGGAGGAGACUCGGUGUCUGCGAUUGUCAUGUCGGUCACAGAUGGUAACCUGUCUGCUGCAGAGGUGACCGACCACCAGAAUGGUUCCUACACCGUCAGCUACCUGCCUAAAUGUGAGGGGGAGCAUCUCGUGUCCGUGCUGGUGUGCAACCAGCACAUCCAGGGCAGCCCCUUCAAAGUGAUCGUCAAGUCAGGGCGGAGCUACGGCUCCCUGGGCUCCCAGGUGUCAUCUUUUGGGUGUGAGGGGGAGGGUGAUGGUCAGCUGUGCCGUCCCUGGGGCAUCAGUGUGGACAAGGAGGGAUAUGUGGUGGUGGCUGACCGGAGCAACAACCGCAUACAGAUAUUCAAGCCCUGUGGUGCCUUCCACCAUAAGUUUGGCUCUCUGGGUUCCAGGCCGGGUCAGUUUGAUCGUCCAGCAGGGGUUGCGUGUGACAGUCAGAGACGAAUCAUUGUGGCUGAUAAAGACAAUCACCGUGUGCAGGUGUUUACUUUUGAGGGCCAGUUCCUGCUGAAGUUUGGGGAAAAGGGUACCAAGAACGGGCAGUUUAACUAUCCCUGGGAUGUGGCUGUCAACUCUGAGGGUAAGAUCCUGGUCUCAGAUACCAGGAACCAUCGUGUGCAGCUCUUCGCCCCUGAUGGCUCUUUCCUCAACAAGUACGGCUUUGAAGGGGCCUUGUGGAAACACUUUGACUCUCCCAGAGGAGUGGCCUUUAACCACGAAGACCACCUGGUGGUGACCGACUUCAACAACCACCGGCUGCUCGUCAUUCGGCCAGACUGCCAGUCGGCUCGUUUCCUGGGCUCGGAGGGAACUGGGAACGGGCAGUUUCUACGCCCCCAGGGCGUCGCCGUGGACCAGGAGAACCGCAUAAUCGUGGCCGACUCCCGCAACCACCGAGUGCAAGUGUUUGAGCCCAACGGGAACUUCUUAUGCAAAUUUGGCACACAGGGGAGCGGUUUUGGACAGAUGGAUCGCCCCUCCGGUGUGGCGGUGACGCCUGACGGAGUCAUUGUGGUUGUUGACUUUGGAAAUAAUCGCAUCCUCAAGUUCUAAAAAAAAAAAAAAAAAAAAAAAGUUUAUUCUCUUCCUCUGUUUGCCCUUUUGCAGUUUUUUUAAAAAUGAAGGACAUGGAGGAGAGAGAAUGAAUCAACAGACACAACGGGAGGAGAACUCAGAGAGGAUUGAGAGCAUGUUGAAGUGAAGGGAAAUUAAAACUGUAGAUGAUUAUUUUCUGCAUUUACAUUGAUCUUCUCCUAAUCAGAUAACUGUGGUAUGUAUUAUUAAGGGGACCUCUACAAAUUGAUAAUCAGUAGAAGAAGAGCCAUAUUUCCCUUCCUCAGUCUCUGCUGCUCUGAAUGUUCUCUGCGGCUCUCCUUAAGUAUCCAUCUCAGGGAUUUUCUCACUUUUCUUGAAAUCUUGUACCCUCUGCUCCAAACCUACCUCAUUUAGCUCUUUAUGAAUGUACUCAUAGUCACUGAGCAGAGGUUUUAGUCCGUGAAGUUUUACAAAGAAGAAAGUCUACCUCUAUACUUUGUUAUUUAAGAGAGACAAAAAAUGGACUGUUGAGUUUAAUUUUUGCACAGGAUUAAUGGAAUUCUUGCUGUGCAUUUUUGAAAUAUGAGUUAAAGUGAACCUCCUGAAUGUUGUUGCUGAGACAAUACUCAGACCGCUGUAGAGGCUGCAUGAUUUAUUCUCAUUGGAGGGCUUCGCUCGGAGAGGAAACAAGGGUACACUAGUGUCCUUUUUUUGUUUUUGGCUGCAUAGAUUUAUGCUUAUGCAGCAGCCCUUGUCUCUUUGUGGCUUUAUGAAGAUCUUAGUGUCAUGAUAGCUGGAGAAGAGUGCCCAUAGCGAUGCCAAACUUGAUAGAUUUAAGAUUAGCUCAGGUCAUGGUAGGAUUUAUUCAGAUCUGUACUUUCAGACUCUCCCUAUAGCUUUAUUAGCUAACGAUGAAUUUAUCGACACGAAAAAAAAAUCCCAGAAACGAUCCCCAUAUAAUUCCUCCCAUAAAUUAAGUUUUAGAUCAUCCUCACACCCCUGGCCCCUUAAUGUCCCGUAAGAUUGGAUUAAUUACUUUUUAAACAAAUUUUAAAAAAAAGUGUCCAGCUAGCAUGAAGAUGCAAGAAUUUGUAUGCAAGGAGAGAGGCAACUCCUUCAAAUGGGAGAAUUUACCAAAGGAUUUUGGAGAUUAUUUUUCAAAAUCUAGCGAUCUCGACGUAGAGAUUUAAUCAUUUCAUUGUAUGACACCUUUAUGGUGAGGCAUGCUGUGUGACAAAAGCCUCACAAGUAGACACCUAAUUUGGCUGUCCGGAGGACGUUAAUGACCUCGCUUUGAAAGACGUCUAGAAUAAUAAUUUGGAUUUAGCUGGUGGUUUAAAGCCACCAACUUUGGCUCCUGGGGCAUAGGAUUUAGUCCAGUCCAAUGAGAGGGUGAGAUUUCACAGCCCUGCCCUAUUUAUUAAUCUCUGGAGAUUAGAAGGCCUCCCCAGAUUGAGCGCUAGUAGACCGAUACCUCUAAAGAUGGAGGUCUAAAGACCUACUACUGGAGUCAACCAAAGUUAGAAUUUCUGCACAAUUGUAGAUAUGGCAAUUUAAGAAGCUUAAAUCCCCUUUAAAGACAUUUUUCUUGAAUAAUCAUUGUUGCCCAUAAUUAAAAAGUUAUGCAGUUGAGUCCGCAGUCCUCUCCACGGUAGGCUUAGAAGAAUUAAGAGUGCACACUUCAUAGUUUAAUGUGCAUAAAAAUGUCCACAUCCUGCUAAGACUAAGGCCUUGAUGAUGAGGCAGGUUUUAAAAGAACUUCUCCGUCUCUGCAGGGAUGUUUGUAGAGAACAGAAGACACCCACACCAAAGAGAAUUCUUUUCCCCUCAUGCCAUUCUUACCCAUUAAACAAAGCCACAUUUAUUUCCAUUUAGACAGCCCAAAGGCUCAAAGUAGCAUCUCAGAUUAACCUUCGUAUCCAAGUGUAAUCGCCAUAGAAACGACCAUAAUAGAUACUAACUCUGUGUGGUGGAAGCAUCGCGGGGUUUUAAACCCCCUUGCUCUUAUUUCAAUCUGUGUCCCACUGGAAGCACUAGACAAUUAAGGUUCUGUUAGCAGCUUUUUAGCUUAGCAUAAAACAUUGGGACUAAUGAGAAAAUGAACCGACUGGCUCCCACCUCUGAGGUGAGGGUCCGUCUGCACAUGAUCAGGAUUUACAUCAUCAUAUCUCAGAUAUCCUGUUUCACCUCCUGAAUACCUCAAACGUGUCACUCACAGCUUCUGUGCAUUGAAAUACCUCAUCAUGUUACCCAUUCUGAAUACCUCAUUUUCACUCUUGUAUUUAAGCAUACCUCAUCAUAUAUUUAUGCAUAACGAAUAUACCUCAUUCUUUGUAUCAUCUUGUGUUACAGUACAGUACAUGUCCCAUAGCUCUUGGACCAAAGAUCAUGGUACUGUUUGACUUAAAUAGAAAUUUGUAUUAUGAUCAUCGCUCCAUCUUCCAACCCUGAACAGCUUUAGGUUGUUCGCUGCUGUAAUGCCUGGUAACCUUUGCCUUUUAUCACCAAGAAACCAAAUAUCUCAGAUGAAAGCGUUGUGCCAAAAGGAUCUGUGAGAGGUCUGUGCCAAACAGGGUUGGCGUUUGGACCACGUGUUGUAGACGACACAUGUCACUGGACCAUUUUAUCAUAGAUGCAAAUGUUAGAUCAGAGCACCUGAGUAGAAACCUUGCUCUCUGAUUGGAUGCACUUAAGAGGGCUGGGCCCCGUUUAUCUUUACCUCAUGAUGAUGAUGAUGACGGUGAUGAUGAUGAACAUGCAGAUUCCACUUGUACUUUGUUACUGUGCGCAAGGGGUGACAGGAAGAGGACGUGGCCUCUUUUAAAGAGUUAAGAACUUCACAAACCCGCCUUUGAACACCUUAAGAUAUACCUCAACCUUGAGCACAAUUUACCGACAUCUCAGUGUGGAUCUCAGGAUGCUGUAGGACCCUGAGACCAGUGUAAACCCCCCCCCCACUCUCACUGUGUGGUAAAAACACAUAAGAGGAUCAUGCCUAACAGGUGACAGCAGGCUGGGUUUUAUUUAAGUGGAGCUUUUAGCACAUUGAUGGUGAGCCAGUUGCUUUGAACCCAACAUAAGAUCGUUUUUUUGUUUUUCAGUAUUACUCUGUGAAAUGUUCACUCAUGUUGCAUCAGUUUUUUUUAUUAAGAUUGCAGAAUUCUAUCUUUAAGAUCAUUAGGUCUUCACUCUUAAAGAGGAAAAAUGUAUUUUAAACCUUUGUUUUUCAUUUUGUUGCAUGCUUUAAAAAGUCCUUGUAUUAUACUGAUGUCUCUCAGAUAGGUGUUGCAAAACUCAGAUGGGGUGGGUAGCUGAUUAUUGGGAUGGUUUUACCAAAAUAUAUACCCAAAGAUUUGUAUGUGUGUGUUAGGAUUGUGUUGGAUGGAUUAUCCUUUGACCUUUGCGAUUGUAUUUCCUGUUCUCAAGAGGCUCUGCAGACCUGUUUGGCUGGCCAUGCCUCCAUUCCUGAGAAACAAGAGAGGCAGAGUUUUCAGAGAAAUGCCCCUCGACCCUUAGUGCUUAGUUUUCUCCCUCUAAUAUGCACAAUAUGUGUAGACAUAUUAAUCUCCUUUCACACUCAAAGCCCUGUAACUUUUUGGAGGUAAAAGCUUCCUGCUGAGUGUUUAACUUCCCCAACAUUGAUGAAUCCACAGGGCGGCCAUGUUUUUUUUUUUUUAAUUGAUUCAGUGAUUCCCACUUUCAUGCAAGGUGCAGCUAGGAUUCUCCUGCACAAUCUAGCAAUCAUCUUCCUCCCCCUGUCUUUAUAAUAAACCAGGAAGUGAAGUGACGGCUGCCCAGCUGCACUCCUGCUCAGCUGGAUUUAUCUUCACAGCGCCCCUGUGGUUUUUUGUCCAUCGUUUUAUUUCUGGCCUCUCAUGGCUUAAAGAGAAAAAAGCAGAGCUGCACCAGGUGAUGUGUGCAAGGUCGUAGACCUCCUUUUAAUGAUUGUAAACGCUAAAGAAAGAAAGAAAAAAAAAGUUUGAAAUUUAGAAAGGAAAAAAUUAAAAACUCAGGUAGUUCUCAGCAGCCCUGCCCUGCAGGUGUCUCAUUGAAACGUGUCCCGUAGUGAUGAUGUAGUGACUUUUUUUCCCUGUUAUGAGCUCUCAUUACUAGUCUGAUUCUUUUGCGUGUCCAUUUGAUAAUUAUAAAACAAUUUAUUUUAAAUCUGAUACAAUAAGGAUUUUGAUUAGCUUCUCCUGAUUAAUCUUUUGUUUUUUGUUUUUUUUGCCAAUUUCUGUUUUACAAAAACGUACAAAUACGUGUCACCACUUGAUGCUCAUUGGCUCCUUUAGAAUGUAUUUUGUGAAGAAAGGAGUUUAAUUGGAUCUUGUUGAUGCUCACUCUAUACAGUCAGCUGCUGGGAGUAAAUAAGACGCAGAAACUGUUUUUUGUUAGCAUUUUGUGCUCAGUGUUCAGCACCAGCAAUACUCAGAGUAUACGGUGGAAUCAGCGGUCAUAGAGGAACAUGCAGCAUGGAUCAGCUUUAACAGAAGCCCUGCAGACAAGGGGUGCCUGCUCUUCUCGUUCCCGUGGUCUUGCUCUCCCAGCGGCUGACUGUGUGGUGUGUGUACUGUGUUUGUGCGCUGCAUCUGUGUCGUCUAAGCAGAAAUCCACUGAAUGUAUCCUCCUAACAGUCCAAGAGGCAGGGAGAGCUGGCAGGGCCAGCUGAGUUUAGAUGGGUGCUGCUGGCACUUCCUCAGCCAGGCGUGUGUGUGUGUGUGUGUUUAUCAGUCAAUCCUUGUCCGCGUGUGUGUAUUUGCCAGCACACCUUCCCCUUUCUCUUCACACACGCGCACAUGUCUGAAUGCGGGGUGAAGUGCAGAUGUCAGGUCUUCAGUCUAAAUAAGGCACAGGAGACGAUAAUAUUUUGGCCUCCUGCUGCUCUCGUUGUACUCUGUGGACUUUAAACAUUUCCUAUGCAGUUUUUGUUUGCUUUUUUUGUUUACACUUAAAUAAAGUUGUAUUUCUUUGA